UAAAUAAUUAUGGAUUGAAUUGAAUGCAUUUCUAACCACAUACACCAUUGCUAUUCCAGGUUGCAUACCUGUACAUGGGAAGGAUCUUCCCGACCCGGUUCAUGACAGGAAAAAUGAGGCAUACAAAUGGGCUCUUCAUCAGACAAAGAGGAAAAAAAUGGCCGAGGGCAUAAUUUUGAACAGCUUCAACGACUUGGAACCUGGAGCUAUUAAGGCUCUACAGGAUAAAGAAUCUGGUAAUUAUAAGCCAACCAUUUAUCCAGUUGGACCAGUUGUAUUAAUGGAUACAAGUAACAAAGUUGAUGAUGAGCCAUCACAAUGUUUGAAAUGGCUUGAUGAGCAGCCACGUGGAUCAGUACUCUACAUUUCACUUGGGAGUGGUGGGACCCUCUCACACGUGCAGCUAAUUGAACUGGCAAUAGGGUUAGAAAUGAGUGAACAAAGAUUCGUAUGGGUAAUAAGAUUAACCCUCUUGAUUUUUUACCUAAUGGGUUCUUGGAAAGUCGGUGGAUUCUGGACACAUUGUGGAUGGAACUCGACUUUGGAAAGUAUGAUUCAUAGUGUUCCUCUUAUUGCUUGGCCUCUUUAUGCCGAACAACGGUUGAACGCAGUUUUGUUAAAUGAGGGUUUAAAAGUGGCAUUGAGGACAAAAAUUGGUGAUAAUGGUAUUGCAGGGCGAUUGGAAAUUGCCGAAGUAGUGAAAGAAUUGAUGGUAGGUGAAGAAGGAAAAGAAGUGCGCAAAAAAAAUGAGAGAGCUACAAGCUGCAGCAGCAAUGGUGGUGAAUGAAGAUGGUUCUUCAACUAAAGCACUAGCUGAACUAGCUUCUAAGUGGAAGGAGAUGUCACAUGAUUAAUACUCCCCCCGUUUCAAUUUAUGUGAACAUAUUUCCUUUUUAGU